AUGUCUCAAUUAGAUACAUUAGCAGCACAAAUUCCACAGGAAUUACGUGUAAAAUUAAUGCAACAUUUUGGUAUUGCUAAAGAAUAUGAGAAGAAUGUCGAAACCAUCUCGAUAACAUACUAUUGUUUAAUGUAUAUUGCAAAUGAAGCAUUAAAACAUCAAAAAGAUAAACAAUUUGUUUCCAAUGUACUUGAUUAUCUUGAAGCAACAAAAAGAAAUAAUCCAAAUGAUGAUAUUAUCAAGUCAAUGACAACUGGUCAAACAACGAUCGAAGAAUUAGUAACUAUUCUUGUUGGUGAAACAAAUGAAGCUGAAGAUGAUGAAUACAAAAAUGCUGAACAGUUGCGGUCAUUAAUGCGAAAACAUUACACUGUGGGUGGACUCACAGAUGUACUUUCUGUGUUUGGGCCAGUGAAAGAAGAUUUUCUUACGCUGGGAAAGAUUGCUAAAAGUCGAGCAGUGGCCAUUUUUCGUGACCUAAAAGCCGGUGCGGGUACUGGUGUUCCACCGGCAAAACCUCCGGAAAAACAAUCUCCAAUGAAGAUUACACCACCAUCAGAAAUACCAUCUCCAGUAUCUCAUGGCCAUGGCGCUAGCAGUUCUAAUGCACCUUUCGAUACCAUUGCUCGAGCACAGAAACUUUGUCGAUAUGCAGCAUCUGCUCUCGAACAUGAAGACAUCUCCACUGCAGUUCAAAACUGCGAAGAAGUUUUAGAAUUACUCCGACCAUACAAUAAUAACUGA